AACUCAUGGCAGUGGAGGGAGGCGGUUCGGGUGGUAAAGUGUCUGGGAGGAAGUGAAGUGUUUCCCAGUCACAUUACGGAGCGGCUGGGGAGAACUGCUUGCCACAGGGACCGGGGCCGGCUAUGAGCAGAUAGGGCUACCAGGAGCGCGGUACGGAGGGCGCAGAGUGCCGGGAGGAUGGCUGUACUGGCCGCACUAUGGAGGAGCCUGCCUGUGGCUGCAGGAUCCCAGAUCAGAAAUAUAAGACCUAAACUGAAACUGAGUUUUAACACUGUGCUGUUUUACAGCACUCAUCUGCCCUCUAGUGAUGUCACUGUUCACUACAGUCAUGGAUUGCCUGUCAUUACCCUCCCUCUCCCCUCUCGCAAAGAGCGCUGCCAGUUCACGGUCAAACCAAUGACAACUAGUGUUGGAACAUUCUUGAAAGAUAUCCAGAAGGAAGACAGAGGAAUCAACAUGGUUUCUGUCACAUCAGCAGAUGGUAUCAAGUUCUCCUCUACAACCUUGAUGGAAUUGUUACUAAUGAAUGAUUUCAGACUGGUUAUUAAUGACUCCACAUACCUUGUCCAACCCCCUCCCAGAGAGAUCCUGCACACGAAGGACUCAAGUGAAAUGGACGCCAUUAAAUCUCUGGUUCACAGACUACACACAGCUCUGCAUUCAGAAGAACAUUACCUUAAGAAAGAGCAGCAGCUAAUGCGGAAACUUGACGACCUAAAUGAACAGCUUCGGCCCCUAGAGCAGAUGAAAGCUGAAAUAAUGGCUAAAUCAGAUGGCAAGACCACACGACUAAUGUGGAUUGGACUAGCCCUCAUGUCUACCCAGGGUGGGGCUUUGGCAUGGCUUACGUGGUGGGUCUACUCCUGGGAUAUCAUGGAACCGGUCACUUAUUUUAUAGGAUAUGGAAGUGCCAUUGCCUUUUACGCAUACUUUGUACUAACCAAAGAGGAUUAUGUUUACCCAGCUAUCAGAGAACGGCAAUUUCUUCACAAUAUUUACAAACGAGCCAAGAAGCAAAAGUUUGAUGUUGAAAAGUACAAUAAACUGAGAGACGAAUUUACAGAGAUUGAAGAAAACUUGAAGCGUUUGCGAAAUCCUCUGCAACUGAGCCUUCCCAUCGAGCAGCUACGGGAAAGGGAAUAAUCUAAACUAGUUUUAUUUGGUUAACUUGAUUUUUCCUUAUGUGGGCAAAG